AUGAUCGUGAUUUGGUGUGCACUUGCUCUUCUGGGGCUCCUCUGCCGCGAGAUUCGCUUCCCUCACGCGUGGAUCGAUGGCUUUCGCCAGACUUUGCCCAGCUCGACUCAAUCAACUCCUAAACUCUCCUCCUUCGUCUGGUCUGAUAUCGUCCCGUCGCCCUCACUGGUGUACCGCGAUUGUUACGAUGGGUUCCAAUGUGCCCGGCUCGAGGUCCCUAUGGACUGGAGGGUAGAAGGGUCUGAGAAGGUCGCCAUCGCUGUCAUACGACGCCCCGCAAAGGUCCAAGUCACUGACGCGCGAUACGGAGGCGCGAUUCUGGUAAACCCCGGUGGUCCAUCGGAUUCGGGCAUUAUGCAUGCCGUGAGGAUAGCAGAGCAGUUACAAACCAUUGUAGACUCGGACGACGAGGGUGGCCUCUUCUUUGACGUCAUCGGCUUCGACCCACGAGGGGUUGGAUACACCACCCCCAAGCUGGAAUGUUUUGCCGACUACCUGUCUCGUCAAUAUUGGCAGAUAACAGCAGCGGCAGAGGGAGCCUUGGCGUCUGGAAACGUGUCCUUUGCAAGCAAGUUAGCCAGGGGACAGUCCAUCGCCCAGUCGUGCGUUGACAGGGCUGUUAACCACAAUGCAAGCAUCGCCUAUCAUAUGAAUUCGGCCCCUGUGGCCGCGGACAUGCUGUCAAUAGUGGAGAGACACGGAGAAUGGCGCGAGAAAACGGCUCGAACCCUCCUCAAACAGCCUACUAAGGAACUCCGCUCGCAUUCACAAUACAAGCGUUCGUCAACCUCGGAGGCAGAUGCUAUUCUGGCUCGAACAGAAUGGAAGGUCGGCAGAGAAAAGCUUCUUUACCACGGAGUAUCUUACGGAACUGUCCUGGGUCAACUAUUUGCGCAUUUGCACCCCGACCGAGUUUCCCGGAUCGUUCUCGACGCGGUCGUUGACACCGACGUAUACUUGGGCAGCAAAUGGGAUGCUCCCAUCGCCCAAUCCGACGACAUCUUGGAAUAUUUCUUUCGAGCAUGCUCCAAUUCAUCCGCAUGCGCAUUCCGGGAAGAUAGCAUUGAAAAAACACGUGCUCGAUUCCACCACCUCAUAGAAUCUCUAGACAUCAGUCCUCUGCCAGUUUCCUCCACGUCAGAACAUUCCGCCGACGUUGUCACUAGCUCGGAUCUGAGGCGAUAUAUCAGGGAGGUGGUUUAUCACCCAGUCGCUACAUUCCCACUGUUGGACCGCCUUCUUGUGGAACUCGCCGAUGGGAAUGGAACGACAAUGGCCAUUCGGAAACAAUCUGGUCUGCUUAGCCGAGAUAGGCAGCUCAGGCGUUGUGACCCCGGGUUAGCGUUUGACCUUUCAUGUCAUGAUCAAUCUCAAUGGGAAAACGAGCCAGCCGCCGCCAUAAUCUGCUCUGAUACCAGGACAAUUUCGGAUUUGACAGAUGAGGAGUUUCUCGACUUUGCCGAAUCACUGCAGAAGCGAAGCUGGGUCAUGGGAUGGUACUGGACAGAGCUACAGCUGCCAUGCAAGGGUUGGACGAUAAGACCAAGUUGGCACAUAGAUGCCCCUCUGGGAUCCAAUACGUCCGAGCCCAUGCUCCUCAUCGGAAACACUGUAGACCCAGUUACUCCCCUUCAAAGUGCUAUAAACAUGUCUCAACAAUUUCCAAGGUCUGUGGUUCUGAACCAGGAUUGCUCUGGUAUAUUGGGUCGACGAGGUGUUGUCCUGGUAGGACUCUGGGAAGAAGUGAGCAAAGUGUGGUGGCCAUUCCAAGUCUUUGUAUUUUAUGAAGCUGGCCGUCAACAGUCAAAUCUGAAUUGGACCCCCGGCCCUGCCAUGUACCUCAAAUGA